AUGGGUUCCAAGGUACAUGUGUGCGCAGCAUAUUUGGUGUUACUGUUCGCCUUUACCAGCGGAGCUCAGCCCAAUACCUUUGAUGUCACAAAAUAUGGUGCGAAGGAGGGGUCGGAUAUCACUAAGGCUUUACUGAGUGCGUGGAAGGGGGCUUGUGGAGCAGCGGGUUCCGGCAAAGUCGUGAUACCAAAAGGGAAGUACUCAUUAGGCGUGGUGGAUUUGCUAGGCCCUUGCAAGGGUGCCAUGCAUCUUCAAGUGGAAGGAACGUUGGUGGCGCCAGCAAAAGCUAGCCAGCACCGCAAGAAUAGCUGGGUUACAUUGAGAUACCUGGACCGAUUAACGGUAUCCGGUGGUGGGGCCUUCGACGGACAAGGAGAAAUUGCUUGGCAGCGGGAGAGCUGUGGCGGCGGAUGCAAGAAAGCACUUCCAGUUAACCUAAGGUUUGACUUCGUCACCAACAGCAUAGUCGAGGACGUGACAUCCAUAGAUAGCAAGCAGUUCCACGUCAAUCUCCUCGGCAGCAAAAACCUUACCUUCCAGCGAUUUUCGGUGAAAGCGCCGGGGCAUAGUCCCAACACGGAUGGAAUUCACAUUGGACGGUCGGAGGAGAUCAACAUUAUUGAUUCAAAAAUUAUGAUCGGUGAUGAUUGCAUCUCCAUUGGCCGGGGGAGCAGGCAAGUACGAAUCACAAACGUAAGGUGCGGACACGGGCAUGGCAUUAGUAUUGGAAGUUUAGGAAAGUACGAGAAGGAAGAACCUGUGUCUGGAAUUUAUGUGAAGAAUUGCACAAUAUACGACACCGACAAUGGCGUGAGAAUUAAGACUUGGCCCGCAUUGCAUGGUGGCAGUGUGUCGAAUAUCCAGUUCGAGGAUAUCGUCAUGCAAAACGUCAGCAAUCCCAUCAUUAUAGAUCAAAUGUACUGCCCGCAUAACGAAUGCAAUCGCAAGCUAUCAAUAUUAACAACCAACCCUUAUCUCUAA